AUGCCUUUUGUCGAAUCCGACGGUCUUUCCGUCACCCAUGCCUGCGAAAGGUCCACCCCGCCUGAUCUGCGUCUGAUCCAUUACAACGAUGUCUACCACGUUGAACCAGGCUCGGCUGAGCCUGUCGGUGGUGUCCCCCGAUUCCAGUCCGUCGUGAACUACUACCGCUCCGAUCCCCGUUUCGCCGGACAACCCGAUAUCUUGACCUUCUUCUCCGGAGAUGCCUUCAAUCCUAGCCUUGAGAGCACUGUUACUAAAGGGAGACACAUGGUGCCCUUCCUGAACAAAGUGGGAACUGAUGUAGCUUGUCUCGGCAACCAUGACCUCGAUUUCGGCGUCGCACAGCUGCGCCAUCUGCGCAGUCAAUGCAAGUUCCCGUGGCUACUCGCGAAUGUCCUUGACCCCGCACUCGGACAAGAUGUCCCCAUCGCCAAUUGCGAACGGACCUGGAUGUUGACCUCGUCCAACGGAAUCAAAGUGGGUGUCAUCGGGCUGGGUGAGAGGGAAUGGCUUGGAACAAUCAACUCCCUCCCCCCCGAUCUGAUCUACAAAUCCGCUUCGAAAACCGCCAUUGAGCUCGUCCCCCGUCUCCGCGAACAAGGCGCUGAUAUCAUCGUCGCCGUGACCCACCAACGCGAACCCAACGACUACAAACUAGCCGAGAACGUACCGCCGGGGUUGAUUGAUAUUAUCCUUGGCGGCCAUGACCACUUCUAUGGUCAUGCGGUUAUCAACGGCAUCCACGUCCUCCGAUCUGGCACCGACUUCAAACAACUGAGCUACAUUGAAGCAUGGCGGAAGAUCGACGGUCCUGGCUGGGACUUCAGCAUUGUCCGACGGGAUAUGGUUCGAUCGAUCCCCGAGGACCCCGCCACCGUGGCGCUGGUCGCCCGGCUGACGUCCAGCCUCAAGGCGAAGCUGGAGAAGCCCAUCGGGUAUACAGUCCGCGCGCUGGAUGCGCGGUUCUCGACCGUCCGGCAACGGGAGUCGAACCUGGGGAACUUCGUCUGUGAUCUGAUGCGCUUCUACUAUGGCGCCGACUGCGCGAUGAUGGCAGGGGGCACCAUCCGUGGCGACCAGAUUUAUCCCCCGGGGAUCCUCCGACUCAAAGACGUGCUCAACUGCUUCCCCUUCGAGGACCCGGUGGUGUUGCUGCGGGUCCCGGGAAGCGCCCUCAUGGACGCCCUCGAGAACGGCGUCAGCCAGCUGCCGGCCCUAGAGGGCAGAUUCUCGCAGGUAUCGAACAUUUCGUACGGCUUCACCCCGUCAGGCCCACCUGGCUCGCGCGUCAACUGGGCCAAGGUCGGCGGCCAUCCCAUCGAAUACGACCGCAAGUAUCUUCUCGCUACGAGAGGGUAUAUGGGCCGGGGCAAGGACGGGUUCGCCUCCCUUCUUGUGCAAUCGGCUGGUGGUGAAAUCGAGGAGGUCGUGGAUGAGGAAAGCGGAGUCUUGGUCAGCACCCUUCUGCGUCAGUAUUUCCUCAGUCUUCGUGUGAUGGGCAAAUGGCAGCGCUGGAGCAAGAGCAUGGCGCGGCAUUGGACGACGGUGCACAAAAACUUCCAGAGCAACGGAUGGGUGAAGCCACCCUCAGCCGACGGGUCUCCCAUCUCGGAGAAGCCCCCCAUUCGACUGCAACGGCCGGGUCUCGAGCGGACCAAGAAGUAUUUCUAUUAUGGCCGCUAUGGGGAGACGGAGGCCGCGGAGAAUGGCCAGCAGGCCGGUGAGAACGACGAAGACAUGGACUCGGAUUCCGACUCGGACCCUGAAAUCCUCACUACCCCGCAGCCCACGACCAACUACGUGACUCUCCCUGCGCGAACAGCGGCGGAAGAGGAACGGCGACUGCGACUCGCCCGCCGAGCGCUGCGCAAAUGGAUGCAUCGCGCCGGGCUGCACCCGGCGACGCUCAACGAUGUCGAAGAAUUGAGCUACACGCCCACAUGGACGCAAGGAAUCUCCCCGCGCCUGGAGGGGCGAAUUGUGAUCGAGGAGAAGCAGAUGGAACGCCCUCUUUGA